AUGAGAACGGUUGCAGACUCUGAUAGUGCUACAUCAGAGAGUGAUGUUGAGAAUUCUUAUAACACUGACAACGAAGUGAAAAUUGACUCUGCGUCAGAAAGUGAUUCUGAUAAUGUAGAUGAUACUAGUAGCGAAGUAGGUGAUAAAUACGAAAGCAAUCCAGGGCUCCUUUAAAAGCUGAAGCGGCCCAAUAAAGUUUAUCGGAAUUCGAAGAACUAACGCAGAAUUUUACUGCAGAGGGUUUUGACGAAAACAAAGCUAAAGACAAGGUAUACUUACUUACUUAUCCUACCAAAACUUCGUAAAGAUUUGUAGAAUAUUUAUUUGGAACGUCUACUAUGGAUUAGACAACUAAAGAGAGAUCCAAUACACAAAAAGACUAUGAAAACCAGUGAUGUCUGUGUCAACGAUGAUACCACUGGCAAGUGUUAGAGGCAGCUAUUGACAAGGGAAAAUUUCUUUUGAAAAGACUUUUCAGAAACACACGGUAUCCUAGUGACAUUGACCCUUAAUGGUUGUCUGUGUUUGAUUUAUAAAAAUAAAAUACGAUUCUGUGUGGUGGCUAUUUUCCCCUAACCCAUUUGUCUAAUCCUCUCCCAAGUCCCGGCAAACCUUCAAAAAGGCCUUUGGGGCCACAACUAUUUAAUGUUAGGAAAUCAUUUGAUAUUUCUCAUUUGACAUUAUGCUUCGGAAGUGUAAAGGUUUUCCCAUCGGCGGCAAGUGAGCUUUAAAAAGAUUGGCAAGCCAUUUGGCAGACGUCCAUGAACUUCGUCCCAAAUAAGACAACCUUAUCUUAGAUAUUCCUGCUAAGCCAACAGCUUUUGAUUUAGAAAAUGUUUCAGCAGAGUUGUACAGAUUAAUUGGGAAAAGUAAAAGCAGUAAAAGUGUAAUAAAAACGAGAUAAAAUAUAUAGGUGUGGAUGUGCUGUUAUGUGCUCUAGUCGUUAUUGCGAUUUUCUCUAUUAAUAAAGUACAAUUCGUUGGCAGCGACUCGAUUGGAAUAAUGAUAAAUGAUCCCAGUGUAAUUGUGCAUACAGGGGAAACGUUUAUGUACUCAUCGUUAUGGAAUAUUCGUGCAAACUUUAGCACGCGGAAUCGAGAAGAUAGGGUGAAGGCUUUAAGCCUUCUCUUGAUACUAAUGUGUGGUGAUAUUGAAACUUGUCCGGGGCCUAUCAGAUGCUCGUCCUGCGAAAAAUCUAUCAGGAGAACCCAGAGCAGUAUCAAGUGCAAUGAUUGUCAAAGGGAAUUCCAUCUCAAAUGUUUUGGGGAGAGCAAUAAAGACGGUGUAUGUCUUCGCUGCAACAUGGCAUCCACGGAAUUCGAUACUCAGACUGGACGAGGUUUGCUUGAUUUACCAAUUUUACACGGUUUGUCUAACAUUACUAAUACGAAGGGCAUGAAGUUAUUGCAACCAAAAUAUCUGUGGUUUGGUUGCUAAAAUUUCGCACAUUGAACAUAUUUUAAUGAACUUCAAAGAAAUUCACAUGUUUACCCUAAGUGAAACCCAUUUAAACGAAGAGAAUAGUCAUUAUAUAUUAGCAGAUAUCUCGGAAUUUAAAUUAGCGUAUAGAAAUAGACCUAACGGAACUUUGGGGGGCGUCGCGGCUUUUAUAUCUGAUCGAGUACAGUGGAUAAGGAGACACGACUUAGAACAUCCUGAGCUGGAAUGCCUAUGGAUAGAAGUUUUAAUCAAGAAUGCGAAAAGUAUAUUAGUUGGGACUAUCUAUAAGCCCCCUGCCGGAUCUAAAUUUCUAUCAAAGGAUUUCCCGGACUAUUUUGAUGAUAUGUUAUCCACUGUGGCUGCUGAGAACAAGGAAUUGAUCCUAAUGGGUGAUUUGAAUUGUAAUUGUAUAAAAAAAAAGCAGUGA